AAUUCAUGUAUGUAUAGAUGAUUUAUUUGUUCUGACACCUGUUGUUGCAUGAUGAGGAAUGAAUGGAGGGAGCUGGACUGUAUCAAAUGUACAGUAAGAGAUUCUACUGCAAGGCUUAGUUUCAGAUACACACCUUCCUCUUUUCUGGCCAAAGAUUCUUCAAUAAAUGACUCAAUAGUAUCAAGAUGCAAAACAAUACGUCAUCCAUGAACCUGCCAUGCACUGGAGAGAAUGCCACGGUGGAAUACACAUACACCCUGUACUCCACCUUCUACCUGAUCAUCUUCAUCCCUGGCUUGCUGGGAAACAGUGUGGCCCUUUGGAUCCUGUGCAUGUUCAUCAACAAAAAGAACAAAGCGGUCAUCUUCAUGAUGAAUCUGGCCCUUGCUGACCUGGUGCACGUCUUUUCCUUGCCCUUACGAAUCUACUAUUAUAUCAACCAUGACUGGCCCUUCGGCAGAAUUUUGUGCUUGCUGUGUUUCUAUCUGAAAUAUCUCAACAUGUAUGCCAGUAUCGCCUUUCUGGUUUGCAUCAGCAUCCAGCGCUGCGUCUUCCUCAUCAGCCCCUUCCGCGCCAAGAACUGGAAACGCCGCUAUGACAUCUCGAUCAGUGUGGUGCUUUGGUUUUUGGUCGGGGCUGGGUGCUCCCCUUUCAUCUUAAUGAGGACAAACUCUACAGCAAGCAGCGGCUGCUUCAAAGACCUCCCCACGCGGAAACUCAAUGUGAAGCUCUCGGUGGCCAUGAUUACCUUUGCAGAGUUGAUGGGCUUCAUUAUCCCCUUGGUGAUCAUCGUCACCUGCUCCUGCUUGAUCAUCCAAUCCCUGAAGGACAACUCGGUGUUCAAGGACAGCGACAAGAGGAAGGCUCUCCGCAUGGUGCUCAUGUGCAUGCUCGUCUUCCUGUUGUGCUUCGCCCCCUACCACAUCAACUUCCUCUUCUACCUGAUGACUGGCCAGGACAUCAUCACAAACCACCCCCUGCGGAAAGCCAUCCAACAGUUCCAUCCCAUCUCUCUGUGCCUCGCCAGCCUCAGCUGCUGCCUCAACCCUAUAAUGUACUAUUUCCUGACGACCGAGUUCUCCCAGCUCUCCCAUCGAGGCAGCAUCAUGAUCCGUAAUCGUCUGAUGAGCCGGGAGAGCGGAUCCUCCAUCAGGGAGUAGGAACACUGCAGGACUGCACUGUAAAAAGAGACUAGAAUGAAUAGCGACUUGAACAACAAGACUUAGAAAUGUAAACCACUGGUUCCUUGUUUGAUGAUGGAAUGGUGUUGAACAAACAAUAGAAACACCUACAGUAUGAUAUGUAGCACAUAUUUUGAUAGUAAGCACUCAAAAGGGGGGGUCCAUUUUGAACAACACACUUUGUGACACACUUCCUGAAAGAUAUUAGUGUUAAUUCAGGAACGGCUACAUAUUCCAUCACAGCACCAUCCUUGCUGACCAUGGUGGUACAACACCUAUGUGACACUGUUAUGGCAGGUUUUUUUUUUUUUUUUUUUAAUGUAUUUUUAUUUUAAAAUGUCAACCCCAGCAGUACUAUAUUGUGAAAUAAUGCAAUGUACCAUUAUUAUAGAGAAACAUAUAUGUUGCAUAUGUAGACAAACUUUUGAGUCAUAAAAUUAAUCUUAUAAGCUACCAUUUUUGGAGGUUGGUAUUUAGUUGAUAAAUCUAACCCAAUGUGUCUUAAUUUAGGUCUAGCCUAAAACUUGUGGCAUAACUCUGCUGUUUUGCCUAGAAAUUGCAUUGAUGAUUUAGAAAAGGACUAUACAGUAGGUGAGGCUGGCAGAGUUGAAAGGCAGAUUAAAAGAAACAAUAAGAACUCAGUAUUGAACCAACAAAACCAGAAACACUUUGAACGAUUGCAAACACCAUAAUAAAGUAAGAGAAAUAAAUAAAUAAUACAAGGUUGCAAAUAAUUCAAUCAUAUUUAAAGUUACUUUAAAUACAGUUUUAUAUUCAUAAACCUGCUUAUAAAUUGUUGUAGUUCUUGGCAGUUUCAAGCAUACAAACUUUUUUUUUUUUAAUCCAUCAAAACUGUCAUGAGCUGUCAUGAGCCCACCACUGAAAAUUAUCAAGAGUUUCACUAGCUUGCAAAAGAAGUUUCUAUUGGUAUUAUCAUCUUUUUCACCAUUUUGUAUUAAAUUUUUUGUAUUUGCUUUUAUGUGAACUAUACCGUGCAUUAUUAUUAAACAUUAAACAGUGACUGGAGGAGUUAUAGGCUGAUUGAUGUCUUGAAGGUGCUGUGUUGUAUGUCAAAUGCUGACCAAUUUGCCCAAUCUCGGACCACACAGAUUAUUAGAUGCCUAUGGAAUACAAGGUCACAGGAUUGCUGAGUAAAUAGCAGUAUAGAUUUCAAUACUGUGAACAUUGUACUGCUUGUAUAUUUUCAUCCAUUUCAUUGGAUGCCUAUUGUUGUAUAUAUUUCAAUGUCUGCAGUGAGCUAUGUAAAUAGAUACAGCAGAGCCUGGUGUAAGCCACUUGACACACUAAAGUUUAUGCAAUAAAAUAAAUAAAUAAAAA